AUGGAAGGUGAGACUGAGAAUGACUUACGAUUAGCUGCUCUAUGUAAAAGCUUAGGCGAUCUUUGGGCUGCUAGUGACGUUGUUGAGGUCUCGACAGAAAUUCCGCUUAUCAAAAGAAAGGAAUGUAACCUUACUUUGUUUGGCAAGUUAUUUUCCAGACCUAAUGUUAACUUUCCAGCCUUUGCCACCACAAUGAAGAAGGCAUGGAAGGCAGAAACAGCAGUUUGCCAACAAAAAGAGCUAGGCUUAUUCUCUUUUACCUUUCAAUCUGAGGAAGAGAAAGAAAGAAUUCUUAACACAGGUCCAUGGUCCUUUGCAAGUAACCUUCUAGUCCUAAAACAAUGCAAACCAGAGAUCCCAGAGCAUUGUUAUGAUUAUUCUUACUGUGAUUUCUGGAUUCAAAUGGGAGGAAUACCUCUCAGAUGGUUUAGAGAGGAUGUGGUUGCUGAAUUGGCUGAGAGAGUGGGUCGGGUGGUGGAAAUACAGAAGGAGGCAAAAGGCAAUGGCCCAAACAAAGCAGGAAAGGUGAAGGUAGAAUUGGACUUGAAUUCACCUUUGAAAUCAGGGGCCAUAUUGGAUAUAGGGGCCAAGAAGUUAUGGGUGGAUUUUAAGUAUGAACGACUACCUCAUUACUGUUACUCAUGUGGGAGAAUCGGGCAUUAUGCCACAAAUUGUGAGGAAGUUCCCUAUGAACAGACUAAAUGGGCAGAGAAUAAGGUAGGAAAGUACGAACCUUGGCUAAAGGAAAAAGUACGUGAUCACAGUCCUUACUGGGAAGCUUUCUAUGGCAAAAUAGCAAAAAAUUCUGAAUCUGAAGAAGUCAUUCCUGAGACACCUGUAACAAAAACGGAAAGGGAACCAAAUGUGAGAAUCAACCCAGAGCAACGGGUAAUCACACCUCGCAACAAGAAAAGGGCAGAUUGUCACUCAUCUAAUUAUCUGAUUGAAGAAUGGCAGACUGUGGACCAAGGCAAAAAAGAUAAAGGGAAGCAGAUUAUGAGUAUUGACCCUCCUAAAGCACACUUUCAGAUGGAGGAAAGUAUAAGUAAAAAAACCUUGAAGACCCACAAAACCAAAAAAUAG